GGGGCACGAUUCAUAGCCAAGGCUCUACGGUUGGGUUCAGAUGGGCUCAGGGCGAGGGAUUUUGGCGUGAUGGGUGAAGGGGGAGCUUGGGACAGGUUUCGCAGUUCCAGCGAGGGGAGACGACCCGCAGUGGAGAUUGAGGGGUACUGGUGGAGGCGUAGGGCCAGGAAG